AUGAAUAUUGGCGUCAACGUCGCCUACGGGUUUACUCCCAAAAAAAGACAAAAAGCCAUGGAUGCUAGAUUUGCCAAGAACGGUGAAGAAGCCAGAGAGGAGGAAAAUGAGAAAGAUGACCACCGCCUUUGUUCAGCCGUGGUCACACCAGAACGUCCUCAUCAUUCCAAGAGAGUGAGAAGAGCAAGAGCCAUCUUUCCCCUGGCUCUCUCUCCUAUUGCAGAAGAAGCCAGAGAGGAGGAAAAUGAGAAAGAUGACCACCGCCUUUGUUCAGCCGUGGUCACACCAGAACGUCCUCAUCAUUCCAAGAGAGUGAGAAGAGCAAGAGCCAUCUUUCCCCUGGCUCUCUCUCCUAUUGCAGAAGAAGCCAGAGAGGAGGAAAAUGAGAAAGAUGACCACCGCCUUUGUUCAGCCGUGGUCACACCAGAACGUCCUCAUCAUUCCAAGAGAGUGAGAAGAGCAAGAGCCAUCUUUCCCCUGGCUCUCUCUCCUAUUGCAGAAGAAGCCAGAGAGGAGGAAAAUGAGAAAGAUGACCACCGCCUUUGUUCAGCCGUGGUCACACCAGAACGUCCUCAUCAUUCCAAGAGAGUGAGAAGAGCAAGAGCCAUCUUUCCCCUGGCUCUCUCUCCUAUUGCAGAAGAAGCCAGAGAGGAGGAAAAUGAGAAAGAUGACCACCGCCUUUGUUCAGCCGUGGUCACACCAGAACGUCCUCAUCAUUCCAAGAGAGUGAGAAGAGCAAGAGCCAUCUUUCCCCUGGCUCUCUCUCCUAUUGCAGAAGAAGCCAGAGAGGAGGAAAAUGAGAAAGAUGACCACCGCCUUUGUUCAGCCGUGGUCACACCAGAACGUCCUCAUCAUUCCAAGAGAGCCUUCAUGCAUGGCCUUAAAGAUUACUUUGAGUUUCGCAGUGCCUGUGACUUUCUACAGUCCAAGGAAUCAGUGCUUCUAGAGAAAGGGCAGGAGCAGAUUGCUUCAUCAGAGAUGCCAUGGCAGACUCAGGGAGAGCUGUUCCCAGGCCGAGAGCAGGAAGAGCAGCUCAGGCAGCAGGUGGAAGAGCCACAGGAGAAUGGCCAGAACAUCAAAGCAGAGCCACAAGCAGAGCUGCCCGAAGCUCAGAGUGCCAUCAUGGCAGUGAAGAGGAGGAACAAGGAAGACAUGAGUAGAAUUCAAGAGGAUAAUCUCCAUCAGCAGAGGAGCGAUCAACAAAACCAGUCUAUCAAGGGACACGUGCAGGCAGAGCUGCAGGACUCUGAGGCUAGCAACAAGGUGGCCAUAAAGAAAAUAAAUCUCCAAGGACUGGGGAGGAAGGAACUAACUGUUAAUGAAAUCGUGAUCAUGAAGAGGUAUAGGAGUUCCAGUGUUGUGAAUUAUUUAGACAGCUACCUUCUGGGUGAGGAACUCUGGCUGGUUAUGGAGUACAUGGAUGGAGGCGCCCUCAGUGAUGUCAUCCACAAGACCUGCCUGUCUGAAGACCACAUUGCAGCCAUCAGUCGGGAGUGCCUGCAAGGACUGGAUUUUCUUCAUUCAAACGAUGUGAUCCACCGAGAUGUGAAGAGCGACAACAUCCUUCUCAGAACUGACGGUUCUGUCAAGCUGACUGAUUUUGGCCUCUCUACUCAGCUCACCCCUGAGCAGAGCAGACCGUGCUUGGUAGCCGGGACUCCUUGGUGGAUGGCACCUGAAGUGGUGACAGGUCAACCAUAUGGCCCCAAAGUGGAUGUAUGGUCUUUUGGAAUUGUGGGGAUUGAAAUGUUAGAAAAAGAACCUCCUUACUGGGACCAAAGUCAUACCUCGGCUCGACGCCUGAUAGCCACAGUAGGGACCCCAAAACUGCGGCAGCCCAAGCUCCUCUCAGCUUUGCUGCGUGACUUCCUGAGCUGCUGCCUGCAGACAGAUGAGGAGCAGCGCUGGUCUGCCAAGGAGCUCCUGCAGCAUCCAUUUGUAAGAUUUGCUGAGCCUGCGUCCAGCCUGGUGCCACUGAUUGUUUCAGUGAAGAAGAGGAAGGAGACAAGAAUGUGA